AUGGCCCCAAAACUGUGGACAUCAACCGAUUUCACCUUUGUCGAUCCGGUCUUUGGCUCUCGAGCUCUAGAGUUCGUGUUGAAUGGUGUGGACAAAGGAAAGUACAAGGCUAGGGCUGGCAAUAGAAGAACAACUUGGUUUAUGCUGAAUCCCAGUAUGCAAGAUAUGGCAAUGCAAACAAAGAUACACCCAAAGGAGGGUGUGAUUGUUUUCCAAGUGACUUGCUUCAGCCCUAAUCGGAGUGAACGCAACACAUAUGACUAUAAAGGAAACGCUAGAAAACAACCAACCAAUGUCGUCCAAAUUGCCGAGAAAGCAGCCAUCCAAUAUCCGAAUUGUCGAAUUGUCGAAUUGUCCCGGGGGCUCGAAGGGGCGGGUUCGUCCAGAGAUUCAUGCGAUAUUGCCCGACCAGGACUGGGAGGAUUCCGCUCAGCGAUGCUGGUUGGGAUCGUAAUAAAGGCCCGUGUUGGGAACUGUGUCGGCAUCGACAUCGUCCACGAGGCGGUUGAGCAACUCUCGCAGGUUUCCAUUCUCCGCACCGGAUCGGAUGGUGCUGACAAUCAGAUGUACUGUCGCGUCAUCACUAUCCCGGAUGAGGGCGAGGAGAUCUUCGGUGAAGUUGCGAUAGUACUCCAACUGAUCUUGCAUUCUCCUCGCAGAGGCCUUGCGACGUCUGUCAUUGGCUUCAUCGAAAAAGCACUCGCGGUUAUGGGUCCUGCAUUCAUCACAUAG